AUGGCUUCUUCAGACUCUAUGACGUCCUCUUCUUCCGAUUCUAUAGAUACGAAUGGCUCUCCCUCCAGACCACAAGACGUUGGUUCCUUGUUGAAUGCAACAAUGACAAGACGGAGUCCUCGUAGUACAAGGCCAGACUAUGAUUUGCUCUCUGGUUUGCCUUUGCAGAAAGUACGAAGUAUAGAAGUGUUCCCACCAUCUCCAACUCUUGUUCGACCUGCUUCUUUCUCUCGUCCCGUCAAAAAGCGAAGACGGCGGUCAUCUCUCACUCACACCACUCAGCACUUGUUGACAUUGGAAAAGUGUCUUUUGUUGGGCUGGUGUGUGUGUUUUGCAGUUGGAUAUCUUGUAUUUUUUCAAUGGCGAUCCGGCGAUGCAGUGGGACCUGUACCCGGUGGAUCAAACUCCAGUAUCCCUCUAGACCGAAGUCCAACGCCAGAGCACUACAUUCGGUCCCGGAGUCCGCUAACCAUGGGCCCACCAGCUAAAUUAUUAAAAUCAGAACCCUUGCGAGACCAGAGCAAAACAUCCGACAUGCCGGCAGAGAAAUCGUUGAAAGAAGCCACUGCAUCAGACGAAGAGCUUGCAUCAAAUAGUGAGGGCGUGGAAGAUGAAGAUGAGAAUGGCGAAGACCCUUUGUUGGUGCACAUUAUUCACAGUCGUUUUAUGCAGCACCAACCUCAUUUGGUAGAGCUUGGACUCGCGCGGCUUGCACUGAUGAAGGAGUUCUUCCUGCCUUCGCUCUCGGCCCAAUCCUCGCAGAACUUUCUUUGUGUGAUUCGAAUCGAUCCCGAAUUGAAUACAGAAGUGAAGAGUGCACUAUUUGAAGCACUCGAAACAUUGGGUGGUAAUUUCACUUACUUGGUCAUUGCCAGCAACGACAAUCCUCAUUCAGAGUACUGGAACAUUAACAAACACCAAGCCAAUCUUGGAGCAAAAAAUAUCGUGGGUGGCAAUUAUACUUCGGCAAAGGAGUACAUGAUGAAGACUCGAAACAUUUUGGAAACCAGGCUGGAUGUAGACGAUGGUCUCAACCAGUUCUUUGUGGAAGAGUUGCAAGAUCAAGCUUCGGAACAUUUUGAUUCCUAUUAUUCCAAACAGAAAAGCAACUCUCCCUGGAAGGUGUGGUGCUCAUCGACGCACUUUGAAUGGCAAUUCCAACCAUCCGAAAUGUGGGAAGUCAAACAGGACGAUCCACAAACGGCUCCACCUAAUGUCACUGGCACCUUGCUCUCCAUUCGAUCCACCAUUUGCAUCACAGCAGGUCUCUCCGUUGCCUAUGUAGCUCCCGAUCCAGCCGCAAGUGGUGUGCAAACACUUGAUCUACCUUCGACCCAAAAACACACUGCCAUUCACCGCAAUCUUCCAAAAUGCGGAUCCAAACAAGCAAAAGACAAGCACCAUUCCGGCGGUUGCGUUGACUUUUUCAAUCUGGUUCCGACUGCCAUACGAGCACGAUCUCCGACCAGCGCUGGCAUGUACAACAUUUUGUGGCCUCAUCACACUCACGAGAAUUUUACGGAGGAGCCUCCCAAACUCCAGGAUCGGUAUCUGAAAGAGGCGAAACGACAAGCCAUUGAUCAAGCCAAAUUCUGGAAGGCUUCUGAAUACUAUUUUGAUUUUGGAGAAUCAUCCGCCAGCCGUGUGCAUGCUUAUCUGUCAGAUCAUAUGAAAGAGAUUGCUGAAGAAAAUCUCGUUGGGCAGUGUACCCACGGGCAUUCCUGUAAGAAUUCCAGUCGCUUGGUCUUGGAAUCCAUCCUCAAGGAAUACUAG